AUGCCGGGAGCCAGGAGAGGGCUGGUCGCUCCCCAGAAUACCUUCCUGGAAAACAUCAUCCGGCGCUCCAACGGCCAGCAUAGCAGUUUCCUGCUGGCCAACGCUCGGAUCGUGGAGUACCCCAUCGUCUACUGUAAUGAUGGCUUCUGCAAGCUCGCCGGAUACAACAGAGCAGAAGUCAUGCAACGCAGUAGCACAUGCGGCUUCAUGUACGGGGAGCUUACGGACAGAGAGACCGUCACCAGGAUGGAGAAAGCCUUCGAAAUACAGGACCAAGAGCAAGUGGAAAUCCUCCUGUACAAGAAAAAUAGGACACCGUUGUGGCUCCUACUCCAUAUAGCGCCUAUAAAAAAUGAGAAAGAUCAGGUGGUGCUCUUCCUAUGCACUUUUAAGGAUAUUACAGCAUUGAAACAGCCGAUUGAGGACGAUGGAACCAAAGCUGGUCUUAGCAAAUUUGCUCGCUUAGCGCGCUCUGUGACGAGGAAUCGUUCCGUCCUUUUGCAAUUUUCCUCUCACAUGCCAACCACCAAAUUCGAUACAUCCAAGCCUUCACAAAUUGCAAAUAUGAUGAACCUCAACUCGGACGUGCUUCCUCAGUACCGCCAGGAAGCUCCCAAAACCCCUCCCCAUAUCAUCCUUCAUUACUGCGUGUUCAAAGCCAUCUGGGAUUGGAUCAUCCUCAGUCUAACUUUCUACACCGCCGUCAUGGUCCCAUACAACGUGGCCUUCAAAAACAAGACAAUGGAUCAGGUUCCACUUCUCGUCAUCGACAGCAUUGUAGAUGUUGUCUUCUUCAUCGAUAUCAUUUUGAACUUUCAUACCACAUUUGUUGGGCCUAGCGGAGAAGUUAUUUCAGAUCCGAAAAUCAUCCGCAUGAAUUACUUAAAGAGCUGGUUUGUGAUCGACCUGCUGUCAUGUCUGCCUUAUGACGUCUUUAAUGCGUUCCAGUAUGUAGAUGAUGGCAUCAGUACUCUGUUCAGCGCUCUCAAAGUGGUACGACUCCUGAGGCUAGGUCGAGUUGUACGUAAACUAGAUCAUUACAUGGAGUACGGCGCUGCUGUCCUCAUCAUACUUAUCCUAGUGUUUAUGCUCUUCGCCCACUGGUUUGCCUGUAUAUGGUAUAGCAUCGGUCUCUCGGAAAUCAACGAGGGUCUCAACUAUGGGUGGCUCAACACACUCGCCAACAUAACAAGUUCGCCUUACUUCCGGGUGAACACCAGUCAAACUUUGGAAGGUGGCCCGAAUCGGAGCAUGCGCUAUCUCACAGCGCUUUAUUUUACCCUCUCGUGUAUGACAAGUGUGGGGUUUGGAAACGUGGCCGCCAACACCGAGUCCGAGAAACUGUUUUCAAUAUUCAUGAUGAUAUGUGGAGCUCUGCUGUACGCCACAAUCUUCAGUAACGUGACGACGAUUUUCCAGCAGUUCUACGCGAGCACGGCCCGCUACCAUGACAUGCUGAACAGCGUUCGGGAGUUCAUGAAACUACACGACGUACCCAAAGCUCUGAGUGAACGCGUCAUGGAUUACAUUGUGUCCACCUGGGCUAUGACGAAAGGCAUCGAUGCUGCUAAGGUACUCAAUUAUUGCCCUAAGGACAUGAAGGCAGACAUAUGUGUGCACUUAAAUCGGAAGGUAUUCAGCGAGCACCCCGCCUUCCGUCUCGCCAGUGAUGGUUGUCUCAGGGCCCUGGCCAUGCAUUUCAAUAUGACCCAUAGCGCACCAGGAGAUCUAAUCUUCCAUCAAGGAGAAAGUCUGGACGCCCUAUGCUUCGUCGUCUCCGGAUCUUUGGAGGUGAUUCAAGACGACGAAGUGGUUGCCAUUCUCAGCAAAGGUGACGUUUUCGGUGAUAACUUCUGGAAAGAAACAACGAUUGGUCAAUCCACUGCCAACGUGCGCGCCCUCACCUACUGUGACCUUCACAUAAUCAAAAGAGACCGCCUCCUGGAGGUUCUGGAAUUUUACCACGCAUUCGCUAACUCCUUUGCCAGGAACCUGACCUUGACCUAUAACCUUCGUCACCGUUUGAUCUUCAGAAAGGUAGCAGACGUGAAAAAGGAGAAAGAAUUGGCGGAGAAGAGAAAGAACGAUCCACCAUUAGAGCUGGCCAGUGAUCACCCAGUGCGCAAGCUCAUAUCACGUUUCCGGAAAGUCAGCGAAACCAAACACGCUCAGCCUAACCAUGACCUUGAGAGGGGUCAAGUGAACCCGUCGUUACUGGGGUCAAAAGCGGAAACACGACUGAUUAACGUUUCAGAGAGUUCGUCACAGUUCUCGGCGGUGCCCAGGCUAGGGGGUGGGGCAUCCAAGUGGGGGAAGUUUUUGGGAGGCGGGGGAAGUACUCCUAAAAUCCCAGAAAUCCCUCAAAAUGGCAAUAAUAAUAUUCCUGACGCUAUUCCUAAGAACAUCAAGGAGGUGAUAAAACCAACCGAACCCCCUAAACCCGCCUUAAAACCGGCCUCCAGGUGGGGCAAAUUUAUGGCCAAGCCCUCAGAACCUAUUCAGGGAAAUUCGCACAGUUCAGCCGUCAAUCCAAAGACAAAUCUGAGAAAGACGGAUUCUACGGACAGUGGUAUUCUACGGAGUGACGUAAAACUCGAUCAGAUCGGGGACGGGAGCGAUUCGUCAACAACACGGGACACCGUGGCCUCCACCGGAAGUACUCUGUCAGCCGUAGAGCAACAAAUGCUUACCUCCCUUUAUGACAUCCGUUUGGAGAUGAAGGAGGAAAUGGAGCAUCUUAGUCACAAAAUCAAUCGGAUAGACGAUCAAAUCAGUGAAAUUUUACGUUUGUUUUCACCUUCGUCCUCGCCAUGUUCGUCGAGAGUGUCUACAUAUCCUAACUCUAGAUACAGUACGUUUAACAGCAGUACAGAAAAUAAUAGUGCUGGACAGUCGCCAAAGAGUUCUCAGCCGUCAUCACCGCACAGGACUUCCCUAGAAAAUAUACCAGAAACUGCUAUCAUAUCGCCCAAAUCACAGGGCUCCAAGUCUCCCUCUCAUCGCGGGAGUCCUGACUCGGGCAGUUCUAGUCGCUCAGUAGCUUCCGUGAUUACGGGAGCCCCCGGAGCGGCCCGAAGGAAGAGCACGAGCAGUAGUGACAGUAAUGGGAAGGUGUCGGUGUCCAGUCUCCCUGAGAGUGGAGCCGGUUCACGGCACAGCAGCACCCGGGGUAAGCCAAAAGAAAACCGAGUCACUAAGCUACUGAAAUCCAACAAGGUAGCAGACACGAGUUUAAAUGUAGACACGCCCAGAGACGAUGAAGAUACCCCUGUAAAAGACAGAGACUUGGACAUUCUCUGAAAUUUGCUUAGAACAUCUUUACCAAAUUGGUCACAUCCGUUAAAUGUAUUCCUUAUCAAUACGUGUUUAGUUCUAAACACUACGUUCUGGGCUGCACUCAUAUCGAGACCAUGUUUUGUGAUAUAAUCAUGUGGGGUCUCUGUGUGUGACUAUAACCCCAAAGCCCCCAUCCUCAUUGAAACCAAACUAUCCCACCUGCGAUCUUCAUCUUACCAGAGGACCAAGGGCAACAGUAAGGUGCCCGGAACUACAUAAGUGCUCGUUUCGCACCCCACCUGUUUGAAUUAUUUGAUUUAGUAAUACCAUUGGAGGUCGAAAAUUGUAUAUAGUCAAAAUGAUGUUGAUGGAUUUUUUCCGUUUCUUUGAUUUUUUUUUCGUCAUACAAUAGUGCUUCGUUUGACAUUCCAAUAAGACACAUCACCGCCUUUUAACCUCUCGCUCAUGUUACCGUUUUGCCUUCACCACCACGCCUGUUGUUUUUCUAUGAAACGUUAUAGACUCCCAUUUUCCAUUUCCAAAAAACCUUUAUGAAUUUUUAUAUGAUGGUAUAGUAUAUACAGCGGUUGCCAAGUGUUUGCACUAGAUACUGUGGUUUGUUAUAUAGCUUUGCACCACUGGUAUUUGCACCACCGGUAUUUGCAAAUAUUUUACUUUAUCAACACAUUCCAGUGAAGAUCAGUUAUGCCACCGUUUACCAGUGUCAAAACCGUGUUAAUCCCCAGGGAAAUAUGUCGUUCUUUGUAUACGGCGCUAUCAACUCUUUCACGACAAACCCAUAGCGUCUCUCAGCGGCUUGCGCAUUGAAGUUUUCGUCACGUCAUUUCUGCUGAGAUACGCUUAUAUACAAAACUCUAUCCAUCACUUGAAUUGCAGUUUUAAAAUAACAAAAAAACUAUUUUGAAUCAGAAAACGACAGGAAUGAGGACAUCAUUUUCUAAAUGACAAAACCCAGAACAGUUUAUUUAAAGUCUUAUGGUAAUUAAACCUGCAUAUAGACGCAAAACUAAGAUUACUGCGCUUUAACAAGGACGUAGCAAUUUUAAAAUGUAUGAAAGACCAGCACUUAACAGACUUUUAAAAGUUUCUUAUUCACUCGCUAGAAAAAGGUUUAUCUUUAAACUAAGGUCGCACAGCAGUGCCUUGUGGUACGUGGGUUCCAAACCAUCCAAAGUAGCAAGACUGUAUAUUAUCCUUUGGGUGUAUGAAAUGUAAGGUUAUUGAUGAGUCGUUGUUAUACACAGCCUGACAAAUGGCGAUGUAGACCAUGGUCAUAGCAGGUGUUUAUAUGCCCAGAUUGUCUCCUAUUUUAAAUUAUGAAAUAAUUGAUUAUAUGGUUCCCAUUAGAGUUGAUCCUAGGGAUAAACAGCAAACUGUGCAUGACUAUAUAAAACUGACAAGUUUUUGGCAGUGCAGCAGGAUCCAGUAGUGGUAACCGCUAGAUAUGAACAGUACAAAUCAAAGAACCGUCACCAUAUUUCUGGCUGUGUGUACACAAAUCUUAAUACUGAACAUGUGGUGAGUAAAAGUUGCAUAUAUGCGGCCUGGAUAACUUAACCUAGCGAAUCAUUUACUGGUGUGUGUAUCCUGCCAAUCAAAACAGUCUUUGAUGUCUCUUUGAUGAUAACAUAAUGGGAUUAAGGACAGGUUUGUUUAUAUAACUGUAUGAUUGUAAAAAUGUCUUGAGACUGUGAUGUCAGCAAGGAAUUUAUGCAUGUUUUCAAAUUCAGACUGUUACGCCGACGAAUAACGGCAUUUCUGCAGCAUUACAGCCAGAUGCGCACAUGCGUCUGUUUUCUUGUUAAUCUACCGCGCAUUCCCGGCAGUAAGGACGAUCUCUCUGUUAAAGUCCUUCUGGGCCUCCCUGAGCCUCUGUGCCUCCACCCCCAGGCUCUAUACCCACGCCAUCCCUCUCUUUUU